AUGAGGCUUGCCAUCCUCACGAUGCAGGGCUUUUGUGACGUUCGUCUGGCUCAAGGAGCACCGAUGGAAGAGGCAGCGGCAACGCCCGGCAAGCCAAAAAGCAGCCAGGGCCGUGGGCCAUCUGAGACCAGCCUGGAAGCCGAAGGAUCGUUUGUCCGCACCCGGCCGCAGCGCUGUCCAUUCCAGGAGGCAAAGGGCUUCUCGCGACGCGAGAGGCGUGUUGGAGAGGAGAUUGUUGCCGCGACCAGUCCUGCCAAAGUGCUGGAGGUUGCAACGAGGCAGGAGCUGAGCCCGGUGAAUUGUAUCACGGCGAUCCAUCGCAUCGCCAGCCUCUCCGUGUCCACGCCACUGGAGACCGGGAGCUGGUUGCUGCUUGCAGCCGCGGAGGCAGCGACGCAGGCUGAUGCACGGGGCCCCGCAAACUUUGUCCGGACAGCUGGCAGCAUGCGCGUGAGAUGUCCAAUGCAAGGCCUCAUGGACGCCUUCCACCGGAGGCUGCCUGAACUUGGGUCUCAGGGUACUGUCAACACCUUGCGGUCACUUGCAGCCCUACAAGCCUGA